AUGCAUGGUCACCUUCUUAGACAUAAGAAGCGGAAUAGAGACUCAAGUACCGUAAGUUUGUCCAAGUUACAAUACUUCCAUGCUGUGGUGUGUUUCUCAAAUCUCUAUGGAAGUGCCAAAGAGAGGUCUGGCCCUUUGAAGCUUGGCAUUCAGACUGUUGAGAGAAUGGUUAAGAUUGUUGUGGCCCCAAUAUAUAACAAGUUCCAUGAUGUUCCCUUUGAGCUAUUCAGAAAUGGGACUCUCUCAUUCAAGGCCUGUGUGAAGCUCAAAGACCCCGAAAAAGGAGCUCCUCCUGUUGCAAGAUUGCUUAACAAAUUUCGGUUCCAGAUUUAUUGGGCAGGAUCCUUGGCUGCUAAUUGCAUAGAUAAUUUUGUGAUAUUUGUAAAUUCUGGUGAAGCUUCUAAGGAUCUAGAGAUUGAUACGCCAGAGCUUGAGAGCCUUUUCUCUGCAGCAGCUCCAAAAUCAGAUCACAGGAACUCUAAUGGGAAAUCAAAUUUGCAUGUCCCAGCUAGGUCCAAAUUUGACAAAGUGCAACUGAUUAAACAGUAG